CCAUAAGUCCAAAGUAGGCCUAAAUUGAGUGAGGUUGCACUCUACCGAUAUGCACACAGACGCACCAGGCACCGAAGCCAGGCAACCCCCAAGUCACUGGAUCAACGGAUGGCUAUAUAAUAGAGGUAUGUGAGUAUGUCUGUACACAUCGAUCCCUCCUUCGACGUAGGCAGCGAGGCAGCGAUGGAUAUACACAUAAAGCAAGGAGCGAGACGCAUGCAAUGGAAUGCAAUACGGGGAGUGACGCUAAGCUCUUCUCCGUGAACACGCACACAUCACACAACACAACUCGCAAAUGCACCGACCACCCUCCCCAUGACAACACCAACACAAUCGAUGGGUCGAUGUGCCACACAUGGUACACACAGUGAGACAGCGAGGCAGGCAGUCAGGCAGUCGAUAUAAAGGAGGAAGCUAUGCAGUGAGGGGUCAAAACGCCAUAAAGGCUGCCUCUGGCUGACACGGACACACAGCAACGAAACUCUCAAAUCAACCACUGUCCCCCUCCCAUGAUAUAGCAUGCCGGCCGUCAACACAUGUAUUCGACCACCCCCCGCCAGUGGGUCGAUCUGUCGUCAGGAGAAUAUGGCGGGGGUCCAGCCGGUGAAGACCUGCCGACACACUGGGCACUGGCGAGGCUGCAUGGUCUGUGCACAUUGCCGGCAGAUGAUGAAGUGGUUGCACGGCCGCAGCACCACCGAUCGCUCCCUCGCCUGGCACACCUGGCAGUCGGUGGCCUCCUCUCGCGCCCUCUGGUUGCUCUGCUGCAUCUGCUGCUGCAUCUGCUGACGCAAGUCAGUCAACCUGACACACCGACCAAAGCACAGGCGGCGCCCGCCUUCAGAGGUGUGGCCUUGCUCUGUGUGAAGGGGUACUGACUGGUCGAUGUGCUUGCCUCGCAGCUUCUCAAUGUCGGCCUGAAGCGACCCAACGCUAGCUUGGAGGCUGGCACGCACAGGGAGGCAGCAGAACCAUACAGGGUCUCUAGGUGUGUGCAGGUUGUGUGCAUACAUACCUGGCGAUCUCCUGCCCUUGGGAUGCACUUUCCUGUCUCAGCGAGGUAUUCUCCUGCCUCAGUGACGUCUCCCUUUGAGCAGCGGCCCUGACACGCAAUGAAGAAAUGAGCAAACACCCGUGUGUAAGUGAAUUGGCCGUCUUCCUUGCACGAAGUAGUACCUCUUGGCUUGCUCGAUGUGCCGCUGCAUCUCGGUGACCUGCUGCUGACGGGCAGCCUUCUCGCGAUCAACGGCGCUGAGCAGCCCAAAACAACACACGCAACACACAGCUGGACAUGGCCCUGGGUGCGUCUUGUGGUUAGUGUAGGUAGACACCUGGUGAGCCGCUGGUACUGUUGGCUGAGCUGCUGGCGGUACACCUCAUUGGCCUUCUUCAUAUCGGCCUGGAGCCGCUCGUUGGCCAGGGUGUCGGCGACGGUCUGCUCGCCCGCCAACUGAGCCUUUCGCAACCUGCACAGAUGACGCAAAACGGGCCCAUCUCGGUGGACGUGCUGAUGUGGUGAUGCAUUUUGUACCGUUCGAUCUCCUGACGUUCAGCCAGAGUCUCCUGCUGGGCCGCGUCGACCUGCUGCUGGGCCGCCAUAUCCCGCCUCAUCAACUCACGCCUACAGCAAAUGAGACAAAUGAGCGUGUCCUAUUCUGCUCCUCCCUCCAUCCCUCCGAUGUGGCCCUCUCACUGCAAUGCUUCGAUCUGCUGGUCUCUGCCCGCCAGCUCAGCAGCAAACCUGACAGCGACACGAAGACACCGUGGCCAUCUGAUCAACUGCCGUAGUCUGCCUCUCACCUGGCCCGCAUCGCCACAGUCUCCUCUCCGCCACUCACACGCCCGUCGUCACCGCCCGCCGCCCCUCCAUCGCUCUCUUCAGCCCCCUGGCCAGUCAGACGCUCGUCACCACCGCCACCAUGCCCACUCGCACCAUCAACCGACAGCAGGUCAUCAGACUCACGCCCGCCACCGGGCAACAGGGGCAUGAAGGGGGCCAUCGGAGCCUGCGGCGGCCCACUGGCAGAGCUCAUGGCAGCAGCAGAGCCAUCUGCAGCGACACUUGGGCCAUGGAGAGGGCUGCUGGAUGGCUCGUCGGCGAGCUCGAGACCGUUGACCCUCUCCCCCUCUCCCUCACGCACCGAUGGGCUGCUGUCGACCGCGAGAGAUGCUGCGGCUGCGGCUGCGGCUAAUGGGAGUGGGCCGGCCGAUGCGCCAGGCGCAGCUGAUGGCUUCUUCUUCUUGUGUCGUUUCUUCUUCUUGGCCUUCUUGCCGCCCUCGCCCCCCUGCUGCCCGCCCCCACCAUGCUGCUGCCGGUCCUCACUGUCGUCGGACACCUGCUCGCCGAUUGACCGCAGGAGGUUCUUCUCGUUCCUGCGCGCCGUUGCCUCCCUGGCCGCCAUGGCGGAACUGACGGCCUCGUCGGUCGUCUUGUCGGCUUGGCGCUUCAUGCGCCGCUCCUGCUUGGCUUUGAGAUUUUUCCUGCUCUCGAGCUUCUCACGCAGCUCCUCGCGCACCACGUCACAGCGGCUCUUGUGCUGGCCGUCGACUAGAAGCUCCUCGCCGGUGACCAUCUUCUGAUGCAGAUCUGACAUAAGAAUGCCAUCCAAUGUGUGCGGAAUGUGUGCGCGUCCGGUGCUGCUAUUCGUACCGAUAUCUCUGAGCAUUUCCGCCUUUGCCGCGGUGUUCUUGUUGAUUUGCUUGCUGACGCUGGCGAUCUUGGCGUCGAUGCUGUCGGUCCCCCUUGUCGGCCUUGGAGGCGGCGGCCUUGGCCCUCUGCCCCUUGAGGCCGUCGAGCUCGGUCUGCAGUGUUGCCAGUAGGUUCUCGAUCACCUCAAGCCGCUUGCACUUGCCAUGCAAAGCCUGAAGACAGCAAUGACGAAUACACAGUGACAGCUGCAGACUAUCCGCAACAUGCUAUCUCUUGUACCUGGUACACCAGCCGGGUGGCCUCUGACAUGACAUGACAAAGGAGAUCGCACAGAUGUAUGUCCCUGCCUUUUCCCCUGCUCAGCCCACUCACCAGUGAGGGCGGUGCGUGCUGCAUCGACGUCCUCUUGAGUGAUGUUGUUGAUGGCAGGGUCGUCCUUGAGAGCCUCGAGGUGUUUCAGACAGUCGCGAUACGUGGCCAGAUCAGCUGCCGUCACAGAAAAGGAGUUCUGGAAGCCUCGGUUGUUGGAGAAUAGGCUGUUGGAGUACAGCACCAUCAAAGAGGGCGCCUUUCUGGCGACGGUGUGCCACCACGUAAGGGGACUCAUUGGGUCGUAGGACCGCACCAGCACACGACACAGGUGACUGGGAAGACGCGACGAGGGAACAUAUGUCUGCAGAUCGACGGAACCCAGGCCUGAACACACACACACAAUGGAGGUGAGAGGAAAGAAGACUGAACGCGCGCGUCCCUGGUGCCUCGGCUCCUCACAUGUGUCGAUCACUGGAUGCCCAAAGCUGUUUUGCCGGUUCAUGUCCUCGAUCACGGGAAGGACAUACAGGUGUAUGCUGUCAUACAGGUGUGUCUCGGGGAGAGGAAUGUCUGAAGCGUUGACAGGCAGAACAACCAAGUAGUCGCACGUAAAAGCUGGCACAAUGAUCCAGAGGCAUUGCCACCUCCUCUUUCUGCACAUGCACUUACGCGUGAGGUCCAGAAACGGUUUGCUUCUGAUCUCCUUCUCCUUGGCCCGCAGCCUCUCCUCCCUCCACUCCCGUGCCACCCUCCAUCUGUCCUCCUCAGCUGCGUCAGUUGCCGGCGGCAGGCGGGCGUCGUCGGCUGCCCACUGACGCUCCUUGACAGCACGUGCAUCGGCGAGCUCACUCUCACGCGCAGCAUGGGCCCUGCCGACGGCUUCGCGGACCAAUGAGGCAAAGUCGCCACUUGCCAGGAACUGUCCGCCAACGAGCUUGCCCAGCGGCUCAGACGCUACCGAAUGAGUACAUAUGAAGCAGCCUCAUGUGCGCGAAGCUUGCUAGUGGCUUCACGUACAUGACAGAGAGAGGCUCGAUAGUGUGAGGUCCUUCAACGCGAAUUGGAGGAAGGGCUCAAUGGUGGUUGCGGUGGCAGGCAGAUACAGGCGCCUGAAUGGACAUACGGUCAGCUGCGUACACCGUGUAGACACACGGGAGUAUGUGACCUACCUGAGAGUGCGUCUAUUUGGGUUGGCCUUGAGGCCAAUUGUCGCGGAAAUGACCGUGCCCUCAACGAUGGGCAGCGACAGCUCGCCAACCAAGCCGAACGACAGAUGGAGCCCCGUGCACGUGAUGGUGCCAAAGAGGCGCUCGAGUACUCUCUGCCGACAAGAGAGAUGCCAACAGAAGAGGGUAUCAGCAAGGCCUUCUCAGUGUGGCUAGUGCGUUUCAGACCUGCAGUUGGUCGCAUCGAUCGGCCUCGUUGUCAGUCUCGGUCAAGACUAUAUCGACCAGAGUCAGAUAUUGGAACGAUCUGCCACAGAGGCCCUGCAGGCGAUACAGCACAUACAAUUACAGCCCAGUCUGUCAAACGGAUUUUCAUUCUUCUUUUCGCCGGCCGACCUUGAGCAAGUUCAGAUAGGAGUUGAACGACAUAUGACAUGAAGCGACUGUCAUGCACCUGUACACAUGCAUCACACGGCCUCAGUGAAUGCUCCGUUGUCUCCUUCUCUGUCGUGCAAUCACACCUGAGUGUCGUGAAGGGCCUUUCUUUCUUGUCGUCCCCCGUGUCGAUCUCCUGCCCCGCCUCUGUCGUAUCCUGACGAUCCCCCGCGGGGCCCGCCUCUGUCGUCUCCUGUCCGUCCUCUUUUGAACCUCCCGGCACGGCAGCCGACGACGUGCUGGGGAUGCGGGUGACGUCACGCGAUGAUGACGGCGGCGGGGACGCACUCUCGCUGCUGUUGCUCUCGCCCUUGCCGUCUCCUUCGGGCUGGGCCUUGAGCAGAGCACUCAACACGUCGAUGAAGGCACAGCCCAGGCUUCCGCUCUUCAGGUAGAGGAUGGCAAGUGAGGGCAGGCGGCCAAUGGCAUUGGCGAGCCGGAUGCACUCGUCAUCGGGCAUCUGGCGCAAAUCCACAUCUGCGAGGCACACAUACCCUGACAAUGAGCGGCAGCGUGCGCGCUCUCUUGCGACCGGCUUACACAUGAGUUUGAGUCUGAAGAGCUUGUCAGCCCUAUCGAGGAAAGCGAUAAGGUCGCUGACGUCGUCGGCGGUCGGUGAGCACUCCCAGCGGAUCGACAAUGUCAACAUCAUACGGGGGGAAUACCUGAUGGGAAGGAUGAAACCGUGAACACGAGUGAAUCGCUGUCAGCAUCCCUUCUUCAUCGGCAUACCUGGCCAGUGCCGCCGCCAGCCGAUUUUGAUUGCUCACGGAGAUCGAUGCAUCUGGCGCCAGCAGCUCGUGAUUGACAUAUGCCGAGAUGCGCUCCGUCGCACGGACGGGACACAACCUAAAGGCAGCCAGCACAGAGUCACCAUUGAGUGUACGUCUGUUCAUGUCUGUAUGCGUGUGAAGGACGGUUUACACGUCUAGCAGACUUCGACACGAGACCGCCAACAUAGCGACUUGUGCAGCAGUGAAAUACAAUGGUCCAGAGAAGCUCAAUGGCCCACCAAGCUCGUAGAUAGUGUGGAGGACUCGCCUGUCCGACAAACACCGCACCAUGGGAUUCUGAUAUACACCGAGAACACAUGUGAGGGGUCUGCCAUACAUGUUCGCUCUCUCUGUACCCACCUGCUUGUUCUGCUGCCGUGCGGCCUCUCUCUGCGGGUCCUGCUGCGAUGAGACCCACCGAUCGAUCGCCACCUGCUUCAAGGAACACACACAGUGGCAAGCAAAUGAUUAAUCGGCCUACGUGAAAGCACGGCAGACCUUGCGACCGUGGAACGCCGCGAAGAAGUCCAAAAUCUGCAACCAUAGGUGCACAGACCUGUGAGCCUGCGUGUUGUUUACACUUCACUCACCUCCUGUAGGAGGCUGUCUUGUGACGCCGCCAUGAGGGUACCGGAUAGGGCAGAGGUGUCCACCUGCAAAUGGAGGGCGUCAAACACAGCAGCAGACACAUUGAUGUGACCGCGGAUUCGGUCAUCGUUUGACCCUACGAACCUGCAGAACACGUUCGACGAUCGGGUUGUCUUUACUCUUGCCGCUCAUCAGCUGCCGGUCCCAACAGCUGCACAAAUGAAGAGAAUUCACUCGAGGCACUCAAAACAUGACGGACAGGUGCACCCGGAGGGGCUGUUCAGGACGCUCAUCGCGGGGCUGACGAAGUUGUCGUUGUCGCCGCGAGGGAUGGAUGCGAGAAAUGCAGUGUCUUGUGUCACAGCGCUCGACAGCUGGCAUACCAUCAGCUCGGCCAGGCCCUCACACGAUGCAUACUGAGGAAAAGCGAAGACACUCGCAACGAGGAGACAUGGAUUCCAUUCGAUUAUUUCCUGACCGUCUGACGAUCGACAAUGAGGCGGAUCAGACCAAUGCUCAUGGCCACUUCGUUGGUGUCCAUGAUGCUCAGCGUCGCCGAUAGGAAGCCCGCGUGCACGAGGCGCUCGCAGUAGCCCGAUUCUGACAAAACACAUACGCACACGAGAAGUGAACAAGCAGGAUCAGCUAUGCACCAAUACAUACCAGCCAUUGCCACUAUCACGCUCAGACAGUCCCAGACGAUGCAAACCGGCCACUGGGAGGCGGCGUGAUUCUUCAGCGAGGUGGCCGUCUUGCCCAGGGCAAGAGGGCUCGCUGCCACACUACAGCACAUGGACGCCAACACACCUGCGCGUCCACACACAUAGUAGUAAUGUGACGAAUCGACGAGUCUCCUGAGUAUCUAGGUGUCCCGCACCUGGGUCAGAGAUAAAGCGGCGGGCGUGUGAGAAGAUGAGCCCUAUCAGGCCGUAUGCCCUCCAAACCGUCGCCUGGUCACUGCUGUUGGCCUGGGUCUCGACGAGCACAUCGAUGUGGCAGAACAAGUGCUGCCGGAAGGCCCCCAGCGCCUCAGCAAACCCUGAACGGCCCAAAAAGACACACAGAUGCAUGGAAGGAUAACAGCCAUGUUUGCCGCACCACACGAUCACCUUGCAUUCUCCCGCAGGAAACCACUUGCACCACUUGCAUAGCUGCAAUGAAGAGAUCGUCCGGUAGUGUCAGCCUCCCCAACACUGUGUCCACCAAGACACCAAACAGCGGCAGCCACUCCACACCAAAGGGAUACCGAGCCUGACAAAGUUGCCGGAGGAAGCACGUCGCCGCAUUCUGAUGCUCUAUGUCGCUGCUGCUGUCAUUGACGAGGCCGACAAUGCAGCCGGCGAGACCACCGAGACCCUGCUGUCGGUGUGCCUCGUCCUUCUUGGCCAGCAAGCCCACCACUUGCUUGACUGAUGGAUCGUCGUCGCGCAGGCGGGGCAGCUCCCUGAGUGUCUCCACAUGGCUCGCGAAGGGGUCGCUGUCACCAGCCAGAAGAGCAUCAGCACCCAGCGAAAGAGCAUCAGCAGCCAGCGACAUGAUGGCAGCAGAGCCCGACGUCUGGCCCUUCCGCGUGUUGGCCAUGUGCUGCUGGUGGGGUGUGACGGGGGAGGGGGUGGGGGGAGGGAAUGGACGAGAGGGACCCGCUGGUUGCCGACCUGCUGAUGCAGCUGCUGAGGCGAGUGGCGAUGGGUCGAUGCUGCUGGUGAGGUCGACGACCAGCUGGUACUGCUUCUGCAUGGAUGAGGAAGCACUGGAAUGAAUAGGUGUAGAGGAGAGCUGAUCCUGAAAGCCACAAGCACACACACACACACACAUGCAGAGAGAGAGAGAGAGAGACCACACAAGCAUCCUCGCGUGCACUCCUGCCUUGGUGUCUGUCUGUAUGUACCGGUGUGGUGUCGACAAUGGCAUCUGAAUCAUCUGUAGGCCCAUGGCCGUGCCCCGCCCCUCCCAUCAGCGCAGGGCAGCCUCCCUGCUGCUGCACCGCCACGCCGCCGAGGGGGGUGGAAGUGAGCUGCACGGACUGGGCACGAUGGACGGAUAACUGCUGGCUUUGGUGCUGAGUCUGAUGCCGAGACUCAGCUUUGUCUAAGAUAUGCGGGCCGCUGUCAGCUUCUUGAUGGGGAGAUCCCACUGCUGGUUGGGCAGACGACGCACUGACUGGACGGCCGCCAUCGCUGCUCCCAGACGAUUCAUCGCCGCGCCGCUCACUCCCACCAGAUCCCCCCUCUGCUGACGUGCCCUUCAGAGGCGACUGUUGCUGCUCCUGUGCCUGUGGUUGCUCCUUUUGGUUCUCAGGGAUGCCGUCGGGGCUGCUGUCUGCCGAGCGGCCGCUGGCGGCCAGUCCUUCUGAAUCGGCUCCAUGGGCACAAGCACUCGAUAGGCUAUCUACCUGCAU